AACUUUGAUGGGGCAGAAGCGGUGGCCGAACUGGGAGUUUAUUUACCGGAUUCCCAUGAAACGCUCGGCUGGGGCCGGCCGGGCUGUUUUGCAACCACUGCCCGACUCAGGUGGUUUGAAACCUGAUCGUGCGCUCAUGUGGCCUUAUCUGGGUCUGAGGGAAUCGCCUCGGAACCUGCUCCGAGAGGCCCCGCGCAGGCUCGGGGCUCGGGGAAGUGGAUAGGGUUUAUUUUCUCCGUAAUCCCGGUUUCCCAGCGGGCCAAACCUCCGGGACUGGGGCACCCGCUCCCAUCGUGCAGCUGCAGGAAAACUUGGGCACUAGAAAGUGUGGAGCUCACAGAGAGCGGCAGCUUCCCCGGACCUGUAGGGACCACGAUUAGUCCUCAGUGCCUUCUCGGGAUCCUUGGUUGUGUCCAGCAGCCCUUCGUGUCCCCUGUGCGACUGGGGGUCACCCUAAAGCAUUCAGUUGUCCCUCAGGGAAGCCCCUGCAAAGAAGUGGGCUGGGAGGAGGCAGGGGCUGAGUGGGACCCCCGUAACCCCAAGAGUUGCUGGAUCCAGGUUGGGAUGGGGCCAGUUCAGCCCAGGAAAUUCAGAGGAGGAGGCAGACCAGCUGUGGAUCAGCCCAACACUUGCAAGGGGAGAAGCGGCACAGGGAGGCUGGAAUCCGGCCUGGAUGGGCCAGGGGGGAUUGGCACAGCCCCUCAAGUCACUCACCCAGCCCCUCUCCCCCCAGCCGAGGCCCGAGCGCUGCCGCAGCCUGAGCCGACCCCGCACUGCCCACCAUGGACACCGGAGUCAUCGAAGGGGGUCUCAAUGUCACACUCACCAUCCGGCUACUCAUGCACGGAAAGGAGGUGGGAAGCAUCAUUGGGAAGAAAGGGGAGUCUGUGAAGAAGAUGCGCGAGGAGAGCGGAGCUCGCAUCAACAUCUCGGAAGGGAACUGCCCCGAGCGGAUCAUCACCCUCGCGGGACCCACCAACGCCAUCUUCAAAGCUUUUGCGAUGAUCAUUGACAAACUGGAAGAGGACAUCAGCAGCUCCAUGACCAACAGCACAGCUGCCAGCCGGCCUCCGGUCACCCUCCGGCUUGUGGUCCCUGCCAGCCAGUGCGGGUCCCUCAUUGGCAAAGGAGGCUGCAAGAUCAAGGAGAUCCGAGAGAGCACGGGGGCACAGGUCCAGGUGGCAGGAGACAUGCUGCCCAACUCGACUGAGCGAGCCAUCACCAUUGCUGGGAUCCCACAGUCCAUCAUCGAGUGCGUCAAACAGAUCUGCGUCGUCAUGCUUGAGUCCCCCCCGAAGGGUGUCACCAUCCCGUACCGACCCAAGCCAUCCAGCUCUCCCGUCAUCUUUGCAGGCGGCCAGGACAGGUACAGCAGCGGCAGUGCGAGCUACCCCCACACCGCCCCAUCCAUGUGCCUCAACUCUGACUUGGAGGGACCACCUCAGGAGGCCACCCGGCAGCCACUGCAUGGCAACGAACUUGGGCCAAUUCCAGCCUGGGCUGCAGUUCUUCCGGCCUAUACCAUUCAAGGACAGUAUGCCAUUCCACAGCCAGAUCUGACCAAGCUGCACCAAUUGGCAAUGCAACAGUCACACUUUCCAAUGUCUCAUGGCAACACUGGAUUCAGUGGCGUUGACUCCAGCUCUCCAGAGGUGAAAGGCUAUUGGGGUUUGGAUGCCUCUGCCCAAACCACCUCCCAUGAACUCACCAUUCCAAACGAUCUGAUUGGCUGCAUCAUCGGGCGUCAGGGCGCCAAGAUCAACGAGAUCCGCCAGAUGUCCGGGGCUCAGAUCAAGAUUGCCAACCCCGUGGAGGGCUCCACUGACCGGCAGGUGACCAUAACUGGAUCUGCAGCGAGCAUCAGCCUGGCCCAGUAUCUAAUUAAUGUCAGGCUCUCCUCGGAGACCGGGGGCAUGGGCAGCAGUUAGGGGGGCCCCGGACCCCCCCGCCUCGCCAUCCAUCUGCGGCCCCUUAGCACCGACCCAGGUUUUAAACUAGUUUGUACAUUUUCGGUUCCUCCAGCCUCGCGCCACUCACCAGGUUCAGUUUGUUUCAAAUUUUUUUUUUGUUUUUUUUGUUUUUGUUCUGUUUUUUCGGGGUUAUAUUUUUUUUCCUCUCAAAUUAAAAGCAUUUUAAUUCCUUCGUUCAGCUCUUAAAAUCGCUGAACCCCAAAUCUUAGUUUUAUAAAGCUUCUCUCUCCUCUCCCCACCCCCCCGGCACCUUCUCCCCUGUCCCCGUUUUUUCGGCUCAUGAAGUUUCUGUUUUUGUCAUGAGUUGUAAGAGUGGAAGAAAAAUGAAAAAAAAGCAAAAAAAAAACAAAAAAAAAACAUUUCAGUUUAGUUCUGUAACGUCAGGAAAUUUUUCAAAAAAAAACUGAAUAAAAAGAUGGACUGGAGCUUUUCCUUGUGAAUAGAACCUGCAGGAUAUUUUGGUUAAUGGA